CUCGCGGCGGGAGACGAGUGACUCGUCGGCUGAGGCGAACGAAGUGUCGCUGUAGAUGCUGCAGUCGUCUUCCAGGGGGUGCUCAGCGCAGUUGCGGUAUUGCGCAUGGUCAGCGCCCUCUGGAACCUUCAUGACCUCCUAUCCAUCUAGAGUUAGCAAGAGUGAGAUUGACGAGGACUUGAAAUGAAGAAGAGAAGACACACACCUAGGGAACCGUUUUCCUCGACCAAAGCCGCGUUGGUGAGAGCAGCAGCGAGAACCGCAUUGGACUAGAAAGCGAGAGCGAGGAGACUGAAAAAAACGUCAUGAGGACGAUUGAGAUGCUCGGAGUUUUCAGAGGUAGGCAGGUAAACAGGUAAAUGAUUGUGAUGUAUUGGAUGACGUUUUCUUCACGGCGAGAUACCAUCUCUCCUUAAAAUUCCUUCGUUUACUUGACGCCAUGCCCGUCUCUCAUUCUCUCCUUCCAUGCCUCUUUCUCAUCCUGAGACUACUGUUAUGUAUCUCGCUUCCCAUCUCUCGUCUUCUUUGCAUAUUCUCUUCAAUGGCUGUUUUGAGUAAACUUGGCCGUGAUUUGGAUCAAUGCCACGAAAUGAUCGUUGUACAUAAACAUUACUACGUACCAAGAACGAGCUAAGUAUGAACGAACCAGAAAAAAGAAAAGAAAUAAAACACCGAGAAUAUUCAGCCUUGAGUUUGAGGCAUCCGGUCUAAAGGAUGACUGAUGUUCUUUGUAUAUCGUACUGUAGUACCU